AUGUCGCGGAUCCAAGCCACCCGCUGGACGUACGGGCUGUGGUUGCUUUUGCGCAGCAUCGCCGGCAGCUUGUCCGACUUGAGCAUCAAGGAGAUUCCUGCCAACAUAACCACGAGCAGAGAGCUUCUUAUUGCUGAGGACCCUAAAAAAAGUCAAGGGAGCAACAAUCGCAAGUGUAUCAAAAUGGUGAAGAUGACAAUCGUGCUGGCAGUGACACUGCUGCUACUAGCAGCGGUGGCUAUAAUCUUGGGAGUUUUCUACGGCGUGAAUGACAGAGGGCACCAGAGCGACCACGUGUACCCAAAGGGAGCCGUGGCGGCCGACGCCGGACCGUGUUCUGUAAUCGGCAGUGACAUAUUGAAGAAAGGAGGCUCUGCAGUCGACGCCUCCAUCGCCGCCUUGCUGUGCGUCGGACUGAUGAACGCUCACAGUAUGGGAAUCGGCGGAGGUCUUUUCAUCACCAUUUACAACGCCACUACUGGAGCAGUGGAAACGAUCGACGCCCGGGAGAUAGCUCCUCGAAAAUCAACGGAGAACAUGUUUGGAAACAGCACUGAUUUGUCCCAAAAAGGCGGGUUAUCCAUAGCCGUUCCUGGAGAGAUACGAGGUUACGAACUGGCACACAAGCGACACGGCAAACUUCCUUGGAAGGAUUUGUUCCAGCCAAGCAUUGAUCUGGCAUUGAGAGGAUUUCCUUUGGGCAAGGCGCUCGCCUCGGCUCUGGAUCGACAUAAGGAAACCAUCAUCAAAGACCGAGCAUUGUGCGAGGUUUUCUGCAAGAGCGAUUUCGAGGUCUGGAAAGAAAACGACAUCAUUAGGUUUCCCAAGCUUUACACCACUUAUAGAAGAAUAGCGGAAGAGGGCGCUGACGCUUUCUACCAUGGUGAAAUCGCGGAAAACCUGGUGGCAGAUAUUCAGGCUGCAGGCGGAAUCAUCACAAUGGAGGAUCUGAGGGAUUAUGCGCCCGUCUUGGAUGAGAAGCCUUUGAGCGUGAACGUGGGGGAGUACACCAUGGCUGUUCCCAACGCCCCCUCCAGCGGCCCUGUGCUCUCGCUGAUAUUAAACAUCUUGAAUGGUUACAACUUGACUUCAGACAGCGUUGCAAGCACCGAAAACAAGAUUCUGACAUACCAUCGUAUCACGGAGGCCUUUCGCUUCGCCUAUGCUAAGAGGAGCUUGCUAGGAGAUCCUGCCUUCCUCAACAUUACCAAUCUCAUCGAGAACAUCACCUCCCUGUCCUAUGCCGACGAGCUCAGAGCUAAGAUCACGGACUGGACGACUCACAACAUAAGCUACUACGAACCUGAGUUUUACCUCCCCGACAACCACGGAACCUCGCAUAUCUCUGUGGUGGCGGAGGAUGGCAGCGCCGUAGCAGCCACCAGCACAAUUAACCAAUAUUUGGGCUCCAAAGUGAUGUCAAGGUCAACAGGGAUCCUCCUCAAUAACGAGAUGGAUGACUUCAGCUCCCCGCUCAUCACCAAUGGUUUUGGGGUUCCUCCAUCGCCGAGUAACUUCAUCAGACCAGGGAAAAGGCCCAUGUCCUCCAUGUGUCCAACCAUCCUCUUUGACAAAAACCACCAAGUGAAGAUGGUGGUAGGUGGCUCCGGAGGUACAAAGAUCACUACCUCCAUUGCUCAGGUGAUCCUGAAGGCGCUAUUCUUCGACUACGACCUGAAGAAAGCCGUGUCUGACCCAAGGCUUCACAACCAGCUCAGUCCCAACGCCACUAUGGCUGAGCCAGACUUUGACAAAAACGUCAUGGAGGGUCUGGCGAAGAAAAACCACGAGACGGAAUUCCUCAAGUCAACCGGAGCCGUAGUGCAAGCCAUUGUCCGCUACAAGGACGGACUCCACGCUCAGUCGGACCCUCGCAAGUGGGCGUAUGCCGCAGGAUACUAA